AUGAUUAAUAGGGGAAUUCUUGAAUUAAAGACGACAGCCAAGAGGUUGUUGGACUCACGUUCACUGGGCUUACUGGGAACAAGGGGAAUUUCCAAUUCUCGUAUUUUGUUCAGUCCCAGACCUACUGAAGUGAAUACGGCAGCUGUCAGUGAGUCUCGUUCGGUCAACGAGACCCCACGAAACCCACGUAGUCCCCUUAAUCCUCAGAUGUCGUUCCCAUGUCUAGAGAAAUUAGAGAGACGGUCCAAGAAGCUCAUUGAAGAAGGUCCAGAACCGGUGUAUUCGAAGAUCUCCCGGAAAAAUGUAGAGAUGUUCCACUCUGGUGAGCCUAUCUUCUUGGACUAUGGAGGCUUUUUGCCUGAAUUUGAUAUUGCAUACGAGUGCUGGGGAAAUUUAAAUGAAGCCAGAUCCAACGUGAUACUCAUUCACACGGGGCUCUCAGCUUCAUCUCAUGCGCACUCCACCUCGAAGAAUCGCUCGAAGGGUUGGUGGGAGGAUUUUAUCGGCCCCGGGAAAUAUUUGGACACUGAAAAAUACUUCGUAGUAUGUACAAACGUUCUAGGCGGUUGUUAUGGCUCUACUGGUCCCAUGUCCAUUGACCCUUCUACAGGUGAAAAGUAUGCAACUACGUUUCCGGUUGUAUCGGUCAACGACAUGGUUAGGGCACAGCAUCGUCUUAUCAGUCAGUACUUCGGUGUGUCUAAGCUUUACUGUUCUAUAGGAGCAUCUAUGGGAGGAAUGCAGUCGUUAGCAUAUGCCUACGAGUUUACAGAUGAGGUAGAGAAGGUGAUAUCAAUCUCUGGAUGUGCUAAAUCUCAUCCCUAUUCUAUUGCUAUGAGAUUCUGUCAAAGACAGGUUCUUAUGACGGAUCCUAAGUGGAAUAAGGGCUACUAUUAUGACAGUGUUCCUCCCCAUAGCGGUAUGAAGCUGGCCAGAGAGAUUGCCACUGUGACAUAUCGUUCUGGUCCUGAAUGGGAACAAAGAUUUGGUGUGGAAAGAGCCGAUCCAUCUAGUCAGCCUGCUCUAUGCCCAGAUUUCCUUAUCGAGACAUACUUGGAUCAUGCUGGAGAGAAAUGGUGUCUUGAAUAUGACGCUAAUUCUCUUCUAUACAUUUCUAAGGCCAUGGAUCUCUUUGAUAUGAGUAAAAAAAUAAGGUCUCAGGCUUUUAACAGUCGCAUUCAGGCAGAAAAGAGGUUCAAAGGAGAAAAUCUAUCGGUGAAUGACUUGGUUUAUAAACCUAUGGAGAGUUGUAAGUUUAACCAGCCAAUGAAAGAGAAUCGUAUAAGCAGAAGAUUCUCUCCCGAAGAAGCCAAGGAGGAUUUGGUCGAAGGUAUGAGCAGAAUUGCAGGCAAAGACGUUCUUGUCAUAGGUGUUGAGUCUGAUAUCCUCUUCCCUGCUUGGCAACAGAAAGAGAUAUAUGAACUGCUCAAAGAAGCAGGCCGUAGAAAAGGUCUUGAUACUUCCAAGCUUCAGCACGUCGAGCUAUCUCAGGAACAAAGUUAUUACGGUCACGAUACCUUCUUGUUGGCAUUGAAGGAUAUUGGAGAACCAGUCAAGAACUUUCUUCUACACUAA